AUGGAAAGAGCCAGGCACGACAGGAUGGUCACCUGCUUGGCACUGCUGCUGCUGCUGAUUCUAAUGCUGUUGCUUUGGUGGGGCAGGUUGGUCCACCGAGCUCAGAUGCAGAAAGACUUACCCCCUGGGCCUGCACCUCUCCCGUUGCUGGGGAACUUGCUACAGCUACAGUCUGGAAACUUGGACCGUGUGCUCAUGGAGCUCUCCAGCCACUGGGGCCCAGUGUUCACCGUAUGGCUGGGCCCGCUCCCUGCAGUGGUGCUGUGCGGCUAUGAGGCGCUCCGGGAUGCAUUAGUACUGCAAGCAGAUGCGUUCUCUGGCCGCGGGGCCAUGGCUGUCUUCGACCGCUUCACCCGCGGAAACGGCAUUGCGUUUUCUAACGGGCCGCGUUGGCACACGCUUCGAAACUUUGCACUUGGAGUGUUGAGGGAGUUUGGCGUGGGUAGGAGUACCAUUGAGGAUCGCAUCCUGGAGGAGGCAGCAUGUGUGCUGGAUGAAUUUCAAGCUACCAUGGGAGCUCCAUUUGACCCCCAGCAGAUACUGGAUAACGCUGUAUCCAAUGUCAUUUGUACUGUGGUCUUCGGAAAGCGCUAUAACUAUGGGGACCCAGAGUUCCUGAGGCUACUGAACCUCUUCAGUGACAAUUUCUGUAUCAUGAGUUCCCGAUGGGGUGAGAUAUACAAUAUGUUCCCAUCCUUCAUGGACUGGAUCCCUGGGCCCCACCACCGAAUAUUUAAAAACUUCCAAGAGCUCCGACUCUUCAUCUCUGAGCAAAUUCAGUGGCACCGGCAGUCACGACAGACUGGGGAACCCCGUGACUUCAUAGAUUGUUUCCUCGACCAAAUGGAUAAGGAGCAGCAGGACCUGGAAAGCCAUUUCCAGGACGAGACACUGGUGAUGACUACUCACGAUCUUUUCUUUGGUGGCACUGAAACCACAAGCACUACUCUACGUUAUGGGCUCCUCAUUAUGCUCAAGUACCCCGAGGUGGCAGCCAAGGUGCAAGAGGAGCUGGACGCCACUGUAGGUCGGACCCGGGCCCCUAGAAUAGAGGACCGUGCCCGCCUGCCUUACACCAAUGCGGUGCUGCAUGAGAUCCAGCGUUUCAUCAGUGUGCUACCACUGGGGCUGCCCCGGGCCCUCACCCGAGACGUGAACCUCAAGAGCCAUUUCCUGCACAAGGGCACAUUUGUGAUUCCCCUGCUUGUGUCUGCACACCGGGAUCCCACCCAAUUCAAGGACCCUGACCAUUUCAAUCCCACCAAUUUCCUGGAUGACAACGGCGAGUUCCAGAACAGUGAUGCCUUCAUGCCCUUUGCCUUAGGAAAGCGGAUGUGCCUGGGUGCUGGCCUAGCCCGCUCCGAGAUCUUCCUCUUCCUGACGGCUAUCCUGCAGAAGUUCUCCCUGCUCCCCGUGGGAAGUCCUGCCAACAUCAACCUUACCCCACAGUGUACUGGUCUGGGCAAUGUGCCCCCAGCCUUCCAGCUCCGCUUGGUGGCCCGCUGA